ACUCCGGGCGGGAGGAGGCUCCCGCUCGCUCCACGUUCAUUAGUUCAACACAGCCCAGCUGAGCAGUUGGUGUCUCUGGAGGGUCAGUGCUGGAUGGGACCAGAUCUUUCCGAGCCACUUGCUGCUUCUUGCUAGCCAGCUCUGAAAGCGCCCAGAGGCUUCAGAAGAGCUGGAUGAAUCCUCAGCACUAGCCGUGGGGCUGGUCGGCUUCUGUCUGUGGAGGAAGUUAAUGGUUUAAGUGAGGGGCGUCUGGAUCUGGUCCCCGAGUCACCAUGACACUCCUGGGGUCUGAGCACUCCUUGCUGAUUCGGAGCAAGUUCAGAUCAGUUCUACAGCUGCGGCUUCAGCAGAGGAGGACUCGUGAGCAGCUGGCAGACCAGGGCAUCAUGCCACCCCUGAAAAGCCCAUCCACAUUCCAUGAGCAGCGAAAAAGCCUGGAGCGAGCCAAGACUGAAGAUUAUCUCAAGCACAAGAUCAGAAGCAGGCCUGAGCGAUCAGACCUGGUCAAUAUGCACAUUUUACAAGACUCAGCUGCAGAGGGGUCCAUUCAGUCUACCCAGAUGAAGCUGAAGAGAGCCAGGCUGGCAGAUGAUCUCAACGAAAAGAUUGCUCUCAGGCCGGGGCCCUUGGAGCUGGUGGAGAAGAACAUCAUUCCUGUCGACUCCUCUGUCAAGGAGGCCAUCAAAGGCACCCAGGUCAGCUUCCCCAAGCCUGCCGAUGCCUUCGCCUUCGAUGAGGACAGCAGCAACGAUGGACUGUCCCCGGAGCAGGCCCGCGGCCAGGACUCCCCGGGUGCCACCGAGCCGGCAGUGGGCACCAAGGUCCCGGAGCCAGCCCCCACCGGACCACCACAGGAUCACCCCCACAGUGCUGACAGCCAUGCCUCAGACGCAGCCCCAGGCCAGGGCAGCCGGUGUGACAGCCCCAAGCAGCCAGCGGGGCAGGAGAGCCCAACCCUCACAGUGCCCUCCGCUGUGAAGUCCAAAUCAUCCAGUGACAACAAGAACCGUCACAAGAAGCCCAAGGACACCAAGCCCAAGGUGAAGAAGCUGAAGUACCACCAGUACAUUCCCCCAGACCAGAAGGCAGAGAAGUCUCCUCCACCCAUGGACUCUGCCUAUGCCAGGCUCCUCCAGCAGCAGCAGCUCUUCCUGCAGCUCCAGAUUCUCAGCCAGCAGCAGCAGCAGCAACAGCAGCACUUCAGCUACCCAGGGAUGCACCAAGGCCAGCUAAAGCAAUCCAAUGAGCAAAUGGUCAAAAGCUCAAAUUCUUCAUCAACUUCUGUCAGCAACACCCCUCUCUCUCCUGUGAAAACCACCUUCUCAGGCCAGACUUGUGUCUCAUCUAUCAAGCCAGGCCCUCUGCCAUCCAACCUGGAUGAUCUGAAAGUGUCAGAGCUGAGGCAGCAGCUCCGGAUACGAGGGCUGCCGGUGUCGGGCACCAAGACGGCGCUGAUGGAGCGGCUGCGCCCCUUCCAGGAGUGCGGCGGCAGCGCAGUGCCCAGCUUCGGCGAGAUCACCACCGUCACCUUCCCGGUCACCCCCACAAGCACCCUGUCCACUUACCAGUCGCAGUCCUCCACCAGCAUGUUAUCAAACGGCUUCUACCACUUCGGCAGCACCAGCUCCACCCCGCCCAUCUCCCCAGCCUCCUCUGACCUCUCCGUGAGCGGCUCUUUGCCGGACACCUUCACCGAGGGGCCCUUGUCCUCGCCGCAGUUCGGUCUGCAGCCGUCGCCCGUGCACGGCAGCGCUGAAGAGAGCCUCAUGAGCAGCAUGAACGGAGGGAGCAUCCAGCUGGAGCUGGAGGGGGUGGACACGGAGAAAGACAAGAUGCUGGUGGAAAAGCAGAAGGUCAUCAACGAGCUGACGUGGAAACUGCAGCAGGAGCAGAGGCAGGUGGAGGAGCUCCGGAUGCAGCUCCAGAAGCGGAAGAGAAGCAGCGGCCUGGAGGAGAAGCAGCAGCCCCCGCAGCAUUUCUUCGGUGUCCCCAUCAAGCAGGAAAGCGCAGUCUCCAGCUGCCCCUUCGCCUCCAAGCAAACGGCCGCCAAGGGCCCAGCCGGCGGCUCGGAGAAGCUGAGUAGCUGCGGGGCGCAGCUGCCCCACGCCAGCAGCCGCUGCCUGGAACCCGCGGGCCAAGGCACCCUCACCUCCUCCACCUUCCUCAGCCCCCAGUGCUCCCCUCAGCACUCUCCCCUGGGGCCCGCCAAGAGCCCCCAGCACAUCAGCCUGCCGCCGUCCCCCAACAGCCACUACCUGCUGUCGCUGUCGCCCGGCGCCGCGCCCGACGGCCAGAGCGGCUCUCCGCACGGCGGCUGCCUGCGCCCCGCGCCGCAGAUGACAAGAAGUCAGCAGAUGGACGAGCUCCUGGACGUGCUGAUUGAAAGCGGAGAAAUGCCAGCCAAUGCCAAGGACGACCGCUCCUGCCUGCAGAAGGUGCCUCAGAUAACAGUGUCCACAGGGAGCUCCGGCGCUCCUCUCCCCAAGCCGUCUGCCCCCUUCGAGCAGGUGCCCUCAGCCCAGCUCUCCUUCGAGCACUGCCCGGGCAGCGGCGACGCUCACCUCGAGGUGCUGCUGAACGCCCACAGCCCCCUGGGCAGGGUCAGCGAGAUCGCCCUGCUGAAGAUGGGGGCGGAGGAGCCUCACUUCGAAGGGGUGCUGGAGGGCUUCUCCAGCAAAGCCGCCGACGAACUGCUCACCUCCCAGGAGAUCCUGCAGACCCCCCUCUCGCCCAUGGACACGCAGCUGUCCCCUUCCCCUGCCGACGGCCCCGCGCUGCAGAUGAGCUUCACCGAGUCUCCGUGGGAGACGAUGGAGUGGUUGGACCUCACCCCACCCAGCUCCGCCACCGCCUUCGGCUCGCUCACCCCCGCGGGCCCCAGCAUCUUCAACAUCGAUUUCCUGGACGUCACUGACCUCAACCUCAACACCAGCAUGGACCUGCACCUGCAGCAGUGGUGAAGGGCAGGGCGCUGGGGGCAGGACGCCGCAAGGCUGCAGCAGCCAGCGCAGGGUUUCUGUCGCGGCAGAGCCCACGCUGGGCUCCUGUGCCGCAGCCAGGGGGAGCUGAAGUUAUUUUCCCGGCAGAUAAACUCGGUUGGACUUCAGCGGCUGCGAAUGCACAGCACACCAGCUCUGGAGCUCUGGUUUUCCUCCGUCGCCACGUCCCCACAGAGGACACCAGUGCCUUUAACCACACUUCUUCAGAUUGCCAAAGAGCUUCGGGUUUCU